AUGUCGCAGAUGUUCAGGCUGGUGGUGGUGGCCGCCUGCCUCCUCAUCGGUCAAGCACGAGCCGCCACUUACGGUCCGCGCGCCGACUAUGGAUACCCAGCUGGUCUUAUACCUGAUUGUCCCGGCACCCACAAGAACGCCAGCAUCAGUGCUCGCCAUAUGAACAACCUCCAGAUUGCCAUACACCGCAUCUCCAGCAGUGGACAGGUCGUGAGGAGGACCCUACCCCUUGAGAAUGCACCUAAAGUCAUUGCAAGGGAUAAAAAUAUAGAUUUAAAGAACAAGAAGACGGUGGUGUAUGCAGUGGGUUUUAUGGAUAGUUCAGCAUUCCCAUUUUCACAGGCGAUCGGUACUUCAUACGCUAAGCGAGGGUACAAUGUGUUUGUUUCAGAAACACUGGCUUUCCUCACUUAUAUUUAUCCGAAAUCCGUCCGUCUAGUGCGAUUCAUCGGGAAGAAAAUGGGAGAAUUCCUUGUAAGACUAACUGAACUCGGCGUCGAUCCAGCCAACCUAGAACUUGUAGGCACCAGCUUAGGAGCUCAUGAACUAGGGUAUGCAGCAAAACAUUUCUUCAAAACCACAGGCAAAAAAGUAUCAAGGCUAACAGGUUUAGACCCAGCUGGACCUUGUUUCAGAAGCCUAGGACCAGAAGAUAAACUGUGGAAAACUGACGCUGAACUAGUCGACGUCAUUCAUACAAAUAUAGACGGAUUUGGCAUAGCAGAGGCAUUAGGACAUAUAGACAUUUAUGCCAACGGAGGUGAAUUUCAACCUAGUGAUAUUCCCUACAUACCUUGCCUAGUGAUUUGUAGCCAUGUUCGAUCUAUGAUAUAUUGGUGGCAAGCUUUAGAACACCCUAAGAAGUUCAUAGCUGUUAAAUGUAAUUCUAUUCAAGAAGCGAGAUUUGCUCAGUGUUUUAACAAUACUGAAACUAAUUAUGUAGGUGUUGAAGCUCAAUUUGAUAAACCAGGUAUUUAUUAUUUAGCUACUAAUAACGAGUUUCCUUACUAUAUGGGUAAAGAAGGUUUGAAAGAGGAGAAUGAGAUUUAUACUUCUGUUGUCAGAAGAAUUAAUGAUGACGAUGGGUUUGUAGCAUAG